CAAAAAAAAAAAAAAAACAAAACAAAACAAAGAAGAAGAAAAAUGUGUUCAGACCGCCGAAAAGAAACGACUUUGAGCGGAGCAUUCCUUUGAGCGUCCUCAGAUCUCUGUUUCCUUAGCCUUGAAGAUAUCUGGUAGCAACCCAUUACCUACCCAGAGAAAAUAAAACAAAAUCAACUCUUUUUAAUUUCAAGAAAUGCUUAACCAUUGAUUCAAGAUGCAAUCAAAGAUGGUCGGCGGCGGCUUACCUCCGGCGUUUUCUCUCUUCCCAAGCUUAAACAAAACCUUCACUUUCCACCAAAUCAUCGUUCUCAUCAUCACCUUCGUCGCCUACGCUUCAUUUCACGCCUCUCGCAAACCUCCAAGCAUCGUCAAGAGCGUCCUUGGACCUUCCCUUAACGAAUCAAUCUCUCCGAUCGAGAACGGAUGGGCUCCGUUCAAUGGAACCAAAGGAACACAGAGACUCGGUGAGCUCGAUCUAGCGUUCCUUUCUUCCUACGCUCUCGGUAUGUAUUUCGCAGGGCAUUUAGGAGAUAGGAUCGAUCUGAGGCUGUUUCUUGUGUUUGGUAUGAUGGGAAGUGGGAUCCUCACCGUUGUUUUUGGGUUAGGGUAUUGGAUGAAUGUGCAUCUCCUUGGGUUUUACAUGACUGUUCAGAUUGCUUGUGGGUUGUUUCAGUCUAUUGGGUGGCCUUGUGUUGUCUCUGUUGUUGGCAACUGGUGUGGGAAAGAGAAGCGUGGCUUGAUUAUGGGUGUUUGGAACUCUCAUACAUCUGUUGGGAACAUUGUUGGUUCUGUUAUAGCGUCCUCGGUGCUUGACUCCGGAUGGGGAUGGUCUUUUGCUUUGCCUGGUGGGUUGGUGAUUGUGUCUGGAUUGGUUGUGUUUAUGUGUCUUGUUGUGAGUCCUCAUGAUUUAGGGUUUGAAGAGCCUGGGAAGGAGAUUGAGAUGAGUUUAGCUGAGACUGUAGUAGAGGAGGACAAGGAAGAUGAUGAUGAUGUAGGGCUUCUUGAAACUGUAAAUUUAGAUGAUGAUGAUGAUUCUCUAUCAGCUAUUGGUUUUCUUGAAGCGUGGAAGUUACCUGGUGUUGCUCCCUUUGCUUUCUGCUUGUUCUUCUCCAAACUCGUUGCGUACACGUUCCUUUACUGGUUACCAUACUACUUAAGGCACCAAGCUGUUGCGGGUGUUUAUAUCUCCCACAAAACCGCUGGAAUUCUCUCGACUGUGUUUGACAUUGGAGGAGUGUUUGGUGGCAUAUCAGCAGGUUUCAUUUCCGACAAAAUCAAAGCCCGUGCACUCACAUCAAUCGCAUUCUUGUCACUAUCCAUACCUGUCUUGAUUAUGUACAGAAUCUAUGGGAGUGUGUCAAUGUUCAUAAACAUCGGUCUGAUGUUUAUAUCCGGGUUAUUAGUAAAUGGUCCUUACGCACUCAUAACCACAGCCGUUGCAGCUGAUCUCGGAACACAAGACUCCAUUAAAGGGAACGGCCGUGCGUUGGCGACGGUAACAGCUAUUAUAGACGGUACUGGCUCGGUUGGGGCGGCUCUGGGACCGUUGCUUGCUGGUUAUAUAUCGAGCAGAGGGUGGAAUAGUGUGUUUUUUAUGCUUAUUGUUUCGAUAUUCUUUGCGGGUUUGUUCUUGGUUCGGCUUGCAAAGGCUGAGAUCAAAGAGAUGAGUAGUUCUGGAGAAUUGAUAGCGUCUAGUGGUCCUUAAGGCUGAGGAUUUUGUAUACCACUGUAUUAUCAGGUACAUAGAUUCAAACCAAACCAAACCAUACAAUGCAAAUGAAAAACACCACCAUGACUUGUUUUUUACCGUCUCGGAAUAUAGUUCAACUUUUGACAAAGA